AUGAACAAGAUCUUCACACCAUAUCUUGACCAGUUUGUAGUGGUGUUCAUUGAUGAUAUUUUAGUAUAUUCAAGGUCUGAGGAAGAGCAUGAGAAACAUUUAAGGAUUGUUCUUCAAGUUCUUAGAGAUAAUAAGUUGUAUGCCAAGGCAAGCAAAUGUGAGUUCUGGUUAAAAGAAGUGAAAUUCUUAGGACAUGUAGUGUCUAAGAAUGGGAUUCUGGUGGAUCCAACCAAGGUAGAGGCAGUCUUAGAUUGGAGACAACCGAAAACUAUGUCAGAAAUUAACAGUUUCUUGGGAUUGGCUAGUUAUUACCGAAGGUUCAUUCAAGAUUUCUCCAAACUAGCCAGACCAAUGACUCAUUUGACGCAGAAAGGAGUAAAAUAUGAAUGGGACGAAGCUUGCGAAAAAUCUUUCCAAGAGCUAAAGAAAAGAUUAACAAGUAUGCCAAUUUUGAUCAUCUCGGAACAAGAAGUGGCGUACACUAUGUAUUGCGAUGCAUCUAAGAAAGGGUUAGGUUACGUGCUCAUGCAAAAUGGAAAGGUAGUUAUGUAUGGAUCCAGCAAGUUGAAACCACAUGAGCGAAACUGCCCAACGCAUGACUUGGAAUUGGCGGCCGUAGUUUUUGCUCUAAAGCAAUGGCGACAUUACACAAAUGGACAAUCUGAAUGUACCAACCAGACACUCGAAGAUAUGCUGAAAGCUUUUGUAAUGGAUUUUCAAGGAAGUUAG